GAAAUAUUUAUUGAUUAGAAUUGAGAUACCGAAAUUAUUUAGAAAUUGAGAUUGAGAUUGAUUUUAGGGUAUAGUUCAGUAUUUGAGAUUUCGAUGGUAUUGGGAUACUGAUUUCCACCCCUAAUUAUGGGUUAGGAUUUUCAUUUGACAACUUGGAUAAAGUCAAAAAUUCAGUUUCAGUAAAAAGAGCUCGGGAAGAGGAUACAUGGCUGCCAAAGCUUCCAUACUUAACCCACUUGACCCACCCGAAAAGAAAGAAGUCGUCUCCCUCUCUCGGUCCCUACUCUAUUCUUUUCAAGCUCUGUUCCUCGCUCGAUAUCUCGUAUGUGAAUCCAUUUGACUUGUUGUUGUUGUUUCGAAACUUCCUGUAACGAAUAAUAAUACUACUCAGUAUUGACUUAACCUUCCUCGGUAAUCUGACAUAGCUUUCUUCUUCCUCCUCACAAAACCAAACCGUAAACCCUAAAACAAACCAAGUCGUCUCUCCGUGGUCUCUUCUCUGUCCUUUUUCCAAGCUGCUGCUACUGUCUCUACCGCGCCGAGACAGAGUUUUGGAAAUCUGCUCGGCGAGUACGUUACAUCUGGUCCCCAACUGGAAAAUUCUGACGCGUUGAACCCUUCUUCUUAAAACUUCUAUAUAAUGUCAAGAAAUCCUUCAUAUGUUCAAGCCAAUUACUCACUUCCCUUUUCUCCAUUUCCAGAACAUCCAAGCUAAAGCUCCAAUGGCUAACAAUACCCACAUAACAGUAAUCUCCUUCCUUCUCUUGAUUUCCAUUUUCCAUUCCUUUAACAACUGGCAAGUCUCCGCGAGGGGAACCCGCGCUAGAAGAAGCCAUCAUCGUCAUCAUCAAGCCAAGAAGUCACUCCCUUCCUCUGUUUCCACCUACUCUGUUUCUUCUUCCUGUGCAUCAUCUCCUCUGCCUCAAGGUGGGUUGAAGAUCUCUCACAGGUACGGCCCCUGCUCACUCCAGGGGAAGCGGCAGGAGCUGAAACAGGGGAGCCACAAUUCGCUGUACAACACAGCCGCCGCCGACGCAUCCACCGCCACUAAUUACGCCGUGGAUUCUUCAGAUCGCGGAGAAGGAGUCCCAAUGCGGAUCUUCGGCCGCUGGCAGGGCGCAGGAAACUACCUCGUCACCAUCGGCCUCGGCACACCGGAACGAGAUUUCGAUCUAAUGUUGGACACAGGCAGCGACUUGUCGUGGGUGAAAUGCCAACCGGACGGCGGCGGCGGCGUCGUGUUCGACCCUUCAGCCUCUUCCACCUUCAACACCACCUGCGAUCCCAACUGCAACUACCAAGUCCUCUACCUUGACCGUUCCAGUUCAACCGGCUACCGCGCCAAAGACAGGCUCACCAUCGCCGGCGACGAGCUCGCCGAUUUCACCUUCGGCUGCAGCCAGAAAACCUCCGGCAAUUUCGGCCACGCCGCCGGCGUCCUCGCCCUCGGCCGAUCCAACCCAAAUACACUCAUCUCCCAAACCGCCGCGAUGUACGGCCAGAUCUUCUGCUACUGCUUGCCCACCGUGGACAAUUCAGCCGGGUACCUCGUCUUCGGAAACGGGGCGACCCAUCAUUGUCGAAGCUCCGACAACCAAUUCACCGCCCUCGUCGUCCCCAACGACGGCGAUUCCCCCAAUCAGUACUUCGUCGAUUUCAACGGCGUCACAAUCGGAAGCGCGAGGCUCGACUUCCGAUCUUCUUCUUCCUCCUCGCCGUCGAUGGGGACGACGAUCAUGGACUCCGGGACUGUAAUUACCAAGCUUCCGGCUGUGGUGUACGAAUUCCUGAAAGCAGAGUUUGUGAAAUCGGUGGGGGAAUUUUACAGGAGGGUGGACAAGGCGGAUAAGUUGGACACGUGCUAUGACAUGGAGGGCAAUUUCAACGACGCCGUGAUUCCGGCGGUGGUGCUGCAUUUUGACGGCAUGGAUCUGAGGCUGGGUCCAUCGGCGGUUGUUUGGAUGGACGAUGGGUACGGUCAGGUGUGCUUGGCGUUUGCUGCUAAAGAAGAUGAGAAGGAUUCGAACAUCAUUGGGAACCAUCAGCAGCGGGGUUUGAAUGUGCUGUACGAUGUUGAGAAUAGCAGGGUUGAAAUCGGGCCUGGAAGUUGUGGUGGCAACUAAAUUGGGUAGAAGGAUUUGAUUAGUAGGGCUGUUUGUGGCUAAGAAUGCCUAAGUUAAGCCCAAGUCUUUGAUAUUUCAUUCUCUGUUGGUCCUAAUUGCAAAGUGUGUUUUCCCCCUCGUUUCGUCGCCGAUACUAAUUAUCCAAAUUCAGAACAAAAGUAUUUUAGAUCGGCGGAGUAGUAUGGUGGUGACUGGGUCGUAUUUCUUGGAAACUCUGGACUGCUCAUUUUUUCGUUUGUUUGGGGGUCUCGCCAUGAGCUAAACUAAGAAAACAAAGAACGAAACAAAAUUAAGUACGAGGGAGAUCACAAGAAAUAAGUUGUUGUUGCGUAAGUUGAAUCUCUCUAGUUAUAAGCUGACAAGGGUUGAAUGCAAGUUAAUGAAGGCUCCUCUAUCUUCUAAGUUGAAUUCCUCUAGUUAUAAGUUGACAUGGGAUGAAUGCAAGUUAAUGAAGGCUCCUCUAUCUUGUAAGUUACAAAAAAAUCACUUAAACGAGCACCUAAACCAAUGAUUAUGUCUGGUAUAUGCACUGCUAAUAGACUUACUUCUUGGUUCAAUGAUAAUGUAACCAACAAACCACCUAGACUCCUAGAGCUUUAAGAUAGAGUUAGACUCAUUAAUUCCCAAAUGACGAAUGAGAUUUUGACUCUAGUUACGGUUCGCGAAGAAGAAGCUGCCAGUGGGCAAAUGACAUUUUGUACCUUGUGGUUGUUAUGUGCAUGAUCUGACGACCGGAAGGGAGAUUGGUUGGGGUAGCAAACAUGGUCACAUUGUUCAUAUGGAGGAACUUGAAUCUCGCCCACUGUCAACUUUGUUUCGUAGUCAUCACUUGUUUCGUCUGGCGUAUAGGGUAUCGUCUUUCCUUUCUAUGUCUAGGAAUUCACAUUCCUUACCUGUUUUUUUUUAGUACUCGUGAUAAAACAUUUUAUUUGUGGCAUUUUCAAUAGGGUUGUCCCAAUUCUAGUCGGCUUUUGACGAAGUUUAAACAACGUUUAUGAGGCAGUAGUGCGACGUUUGAUUCUCAAUAUGAUUUCCGUGCAAUAGUUGUGUGGAAGCUAAGACUACACAUACCUCUUUUCUGCCUAGUCUUACUGUUAUUAUUGGACCUUUUUCAUAUCAUCCACACCAAUUGUUGGGGCCUUAAACUAGACUAGUGAUCUCUUAUAAUGGAUAUACAUAUUUUAAAUUGGUUGUCGAUCAUACCAUUUACUAACAUAUUGAUUUUGUGAUAAUUUCGUUAGGGCAAUUUCCUUUGAUCAAUGAAUUUCAUUUUGUUUGUUUACAAAGGAAUAGCAUAUUGGAUGAGGAUGAAUUCGGGCUUCCAAAAAUAUAAGUUUAUAACGUUGGAAUUACAGAGGUGUUUGCUCUGAUUUCAGCUUUUCGAGUAUACAAUAUUUCUAAAAUGUUGAUUUAAUAUGAGCAAAAUAAUGUUUAUUAGGUCUUUAUUAUAAAAUGAUUUAAUUUGGUUAGUACAUAUUAUUUUCAUUUAAGCACUUAAUUCGUUUUGCUCUCACAAAAUACGGCUGAUACAUUGGCGUAUGAAACUAUGACGUCAGGCGACCUAAAGGGUUUAAGGCGGCAGCUCCAUUUCACUCUCGAUUGAGGUUCUUCAGCCCUUCCCCCAAUUCUCUGUAGUCGAAAGGCAGAUAUGGCUUCCCUUUGCAGGUCCGCUGUAAUGGCGGGCUCAAGGUCUUUAGCUGCGCGUUCCAGAACAUUAGCUCAGAAGCCCAUCUUCUCGUCCUCUCCUUUCGCUUCUCCUUCCCCGACCCGAGUCGUCCGAAGCGCUUCAAGGUCUGAGAAUUUUUCUUUUUUGACUUCCGAAUUUCAAUCUCUACUCUGCCCCUUAAUUUUCUGUACUCAUUGGAGUAAUUGAACCAUUUUGGGUAUCUGGCUUGGUGUAAUUUAGGGUUGUUUCAGCUAUCGGGAGCGUAGAUUCGUUGUUACCAUUUCAUAGUGCCACUGCAAAUGCGCGGCUUAUAUCCAGCAUUGCUGCUGAUUCCUCUUGCUGGAGCUUACUUUCUGAAGGUGAUCUCUUUUUUCUAUCUAGUUACCCAGUUCUCAAAUUAAUCUUAGUAUUUCGUUUCUAUUAUGCGUUAUGAUGUGCCAAUGGAAGGAGGGAGAUCGAUCUUCUGUGUCUAGUUGGUUAUCAGUCAGUCUGGCGUGUUAGAACUUUACAUUCUGAUUAUCACAAUGGUGACUUCCAUACAACACAAAUUAAGUGAAAAUGUAUUGUUACAGUAAGAUGAAGUUGAUUGGAUUUUGCUAUGAACAUUUCCCUCUUCUUUGUUAACAUACACAGCGGAUGGACAUGAGCUUAAUUUGAUUCUUGUUGAUUGUGUUUUUGGUGGUUUUCAUUGCUCAUGUUGUUAACUGCUCUGCUAUUUACCAUUUAAUUCUUUGCCUUCGAAUGGUGGUUCUAGUUUGUCUCUCUGUAGCUUGCUCUAGGCCUUGCAACACUUUUAUGGCCGCCAUGUUCAUCUGAGCCCUUGUUGAUUGUGUUUUUUGGGGUUGUGUUCAUUACUCAUGUUGUUAACUGUUCUGUUAUUUACCAUUUGAUUCUUUGCCUUGGAAUCAUGGUUGUCUCUCAUUUUUAUCUUGGUAACUUGCCCUAGGCCUUGCAACACCUUUAUGACAUCUGUGCUGGAUGAGGAAUGCCAAAAGGAGUUUGCAACACCAUUAUGACCACUUUGGAACUGAUCUCUUAGGAAGGACGAACACUUACUUCAGUUUUUGCUUCUUUUGUAAGUCGUGUUCACUGACCUUUUCUUUUCCAUCUGUACUUGGCUUUGCUACUCCAUCCGGGAUGAGAGCUUCCGUUCCUUUCGGAUGAUCAACGAUUGUUAGUGUGAUUUAUGGAAUCUUGUAAUAAUGGUGUUUCCUUUUCAUUGACUUGUUGAAUGAUGCUUCGACUAGCUAUGCAGUUCCUUAGCUCGAAGCCAUAGCCUCCCUUGGUACCUCUUAAGUGAACUCUUAGGUCCAAAUUCCGAUGAUGAGUUACUUUGUCAAGUUUAGAGUAUAAUCGUCUGUUUUCAUCCCCUAAUUGUCUUGAUGGAGAUAAAUUCUGGAUGCUAGACCACGAAUUGUGUAAAUCUGCAGGUGCCGUGAUUUCUUGUAAUUUGGAAUCUUUGAAUAUGGUUUUCUAGGAUUCAUCCUGCAGUACUUAUUUGUUAAAUGAACUAUACUCUUGGCAUCCUAUAGGGAGUUUGUGCUCAGGAACUAUAUAUGAAGAACGAAUCCAGUGGCACGUCCUUUUUUCUUUUGUUUAGUUUUGGAUAUUGUAAUUCUCUCAAAUGUAGGCAUAUUGAACUUGUGUUGUAUGUGUGCGCUCUUCCUGCAAUAAAGAGUUCUUCUCUUUGAUUCUUGGCUCCGGCUUAGGAUAGGAUGUAACCAAUGCAUUUAGAUCUAAGUGGGCCAAGAAAAUUCAGAUCUAAGGGCUGUCAAUUAAAGAAAUUUUAUUUUUCCUAGUUUUCUUAAUCGACUCUUAUCUUCUUUGUUUUAACUCGGAUUUCAAUUUUUUUUGCACACAUGGACGAGUUCGUUGUGCUCUACAAAAUGAGAUCAAUUUUCACUAUAUUUCGAGAAACUUUUUUUUUACCAACUACAUACCAUAUGGUAACUUCUUCAUUUUUAAGUCGUUUUUGAAAACGUUUGCUUAGAAGGGACGAGUUCAUCAUUAUCUAUUGGAUCUACAAAUUUCUGGAUGAAAAAAAUACUGGACAAAAAAUUAUCAUAAUUUACCACUAUGGUAUGUGGGUGGUAACUUGUGGUAAACAAUGAUGAAAGUCGUAAAUGACAGUUAGUAUACACCUAGUAUCAUGUAUUCAACCUUCUUACCAUAUUGGUAUGUUCAUACCAUCAUGGUACGCUUUUUUACCAUAUGGUAUUAAAUACUAGCAUACCAUAUGGUAAUGACUGGUAAAAAAUUAUUCAAUUUUUUGUACUAAAAAUAUAUCAAAGUGAAUAUCAUUUUAAAGAGCACAUUUAAUUUGAUUUAUCUGUGCAAAAAAAUUAAAUUUUGACUUAAAACGAGAGAGAAAUCGUCCGUUAAAGAUUAAUAGGAAAAAAAAUAAAAGACUUUCCAGGAGAGAGGGUAUGCUGAUGUCAUGCAGAUGUGGACAAGUUACUGAUAGUUACUCACCAUAUGCGUUACUAACCUGAUCCGCUCCCCUUGGCUCUUAGGUAGAUGAGGAACUCAUCUUUUGGAUAGAACCCAACAUUGAGCUUUCAUACUUUGAAUUCUUCUUGUUCUGUCUCUAUCAUGGUUGUCAUGCCGGUGGCAUGCCACCUGGUUGAACCUGGUUCAACUUGUGCCGGUCAUGAAACCGGCAUGACACCACCGGUAUGGCCGGUAUGAUCGACUUACGCAUUCUAAGUAAAAUGACAUCAUUUUAAUGAGUUUAAUGAAUAAAAAAUUAAUUUAUUAGUCAUUUUAUAAAUGUAAUAGUUAAAAGUUGAUGAUAUUUGUUGGAAUAGAACUAAAUUGUCCACAAAUAUGUUUUAUAUAUGAUUAAAUGCAUGAGAUAUUAAUUGUUUUCACAUUUUUUUAAACCGGCAUGAACCGGCACAAACUGGUUAUACCACCGGUCGUACCAUUCCACUUGCCAAACCAACACAACGGUAUAAAUCAGUUUGACAACCUUGAUCUCCAUGUUCUUACUAGCCCUCUGCGGUUUCUUGUGGAACUUUUGUUGUUGGUCAAAGUCGAACUUUCAGUCGCAUGCAAAUUAGAGCAUCUCCAUCUGUCACUUUUUGCAAUUGCAAAGUGAUGUGGUAUGCUCAUUUGGCAUUGCAAAUAUAAUUGCAUUAAUGUAGACCCCAAUUGCAAUUUUGCAAUCUUGCAUAUAAUGAAAUGGAAAAGAAAGCCAAUAUUAGGGGUGGACACGUGAGUGGUUAAUCCGCGGAUUGAUAUCGAUUCACCCGUAAAUAACCCGACCCGCACACAGUGGGUGAUUGAUGUGGGUGGAUUGCGGAUUGGUGAAUCUCUCACUCGCACUUAUGUGGGUGGAUGGUGGGUGGAUUGCGGGUCACCCAUAUGACUCGCAUCCUAUUUUUACACGAAAAAAUGUUGUUUCCUAUAGUAUCGAAUAUUCAUCAUAUUUUUGAACUGCACUACAGUGUGACCAUAUACUUCAAAAGGUGAAGAAUAAAUAUUAGUUUUGACUACUAUUAUUGGUCAUUGUGUUGUGCAAUAUCCAUUAGAUAUUGGAUAUUGGUAUGCAGGUUAUUGUUAAUAAUCAUUAAAUAUUGGG